GCGAGGUCUUCCAUGUCCAUAUCCAUCUAAAUCCAAUUUAAUCCAUACAAUAUGCGUCCUCUCGGCGGUCAAAACACUGAGUUCGUCCUCCAGAAGAGGAAGUAGAAUAAGGAGAAGAAGAAGUAGGAGGAGCAAAAGAAGGCAUGAAAAAACAGAAGAAAAUGAAGACGGAGGAGACGGAGAGAAAGAGAGAAGGUGAAGGAGGAGGAGGAGGAGGAGGAGGAGGAGGAGGAGGAGGAGGAGGAGGUGAGAAGGAGAAGGAGAAGGAGAUUAAGAAUGAUGAAUAUGAACGUGAAACGCAAGUGGUUCUCAAAGCACUGAGUAUAUCUCCAUUCUCCCUCCUCCGUCCUCCAGAAGAGGAAUAAGAAUAAGGAAAAGAAGAAGUGGCAUGAACAAACAGAAGAAAAUGAAGACGAAGGAGAAGUAGAGAAAGAGAGAAGGUGAAGGAGGAGGAGGAGGAGAAGGGAGUCUUUGCAGAAUCCAUUGAGAAAAAACCUAACAUUCAACUGGCCAUGGGGAGGGAUUGACACUCUUUGAGAGACAUAGCAGCGUGUACCACAGCGCCAAAUAGCGUCGUAACAGCCGUGAGUGGCGAUGUUGGUAAGAAAUAGGGAAAUUCUGGCAGCAGGAGUGAAAUCGGAGAUGACGGUAGCGACUGCUAGCUAGACUUGGAUUCUAUGAGGGAAUUUAAAUUAGAGUACGGUACGCAGUUAUAGAUCGGAUUAGACUUAGAUAGGAUAAGAUAGCAUGCAGGAAACAGGAAACAGGAAACAAGGAGAUUAGGGUGCGUCAUUACAAGCACCCACGUCAUAUGAUUGUGACGUGGCUAAGUUAAAAGGCUG